GGGGAUUUGGGGGUCGUUAAUUAAUGGAAAAAAUCGGGAUUUUGGGGUCGUUAAUUAGUGGGAAAAUCGGGAUUUUGGAGGCUUUUAUUGCUGGGAAAAUUGGGGGGUUUGGGGGUCGUUAAUUAAUGGAAAAAUCGGGAUUUGGGGGUCAUUUAUUGCUGGAAAAAUUGGGGAUUUGGGGUCUUUAAUUCGUGGAAAAAUUGGGGGAUUUGGGGUUGUUAAUUAAUGGGAAAAAUGCGGGAUUUAGGGGUCUCUAAUUAAUGAUAAAAAUCUGGAUUUUGGGGUCGUUAAUUGAUGGAAAAAUCGGGAUUUGGGGGUCUUUUAUUGCUGGAAAAAUUGGGGAUUUGGGGCCGUUAAUUAAUGGAAAAAUUGGGAUUUUGGGGUCUUUAAUUAAUGGAAAAAAUCGGGAUUUUAGGGUCGUUAAUUAGUGGAAAAUCGGGAUUUUGGGGGCUUUUAUUGCUGAGAAAAUUGGGGAUUUGAGGUCUUUAAUUAAUGGAAAAAAUCAGGAUCUGAGGUUCUUUAAUUAAUGGAAAAAAUCUGGAUUUUGGGGGUCUUUAAUUCCAAGGAAUAUUGGAGAUUUUUGGGUCUUUAAUUAAUGAAAAAAUAGGAAUUUUUGGGGUCUUUAAUUCCUGAAAAAAAUGAGGAUUUUGGGGUCUUUAAUUAAUGGAAAAAUUGGGGAUUUGGGGUCUUUUAUUCCUGGAAAAUUUGGGAUUUUGGUGUCUUUAAUUCCUGGAAAAAUUUUGGAUUUUGGGGUCUUUAAUUUGUGGAAAAAUUGGGAAUUGUUGAUCCUUUAAUUCCUGGAAUUUUUGGGGGCUGGAAUUUUAAGGUCUGGAAUUAUUUGGGGGCUGAAUUUGAAUUUUUUGGGAUUUUGCAGGCGAUGGAUCCGUGGGGAGAGGAGGAGGAGGAGGAGGCGGAGCCGGAGGUGAUUUUUGGGGAUGAGGGGGAGGAAGAUCCCGACGAUCCCAACGGAGUCCAGGGAACGCCCGGCUCCAACCCGACCUCGGCGGCCGCUCCCGAAAUGGCGGCGUUGGAUCCCGGCUCCCUCUUCGCCAACCCCGACCUUCCGGAGCGCGAAACUUUCCGCUGGACCGUGGUCCAGCAGAUCGACCCCGGCGCGUCGUCGAAGAGCGGCAAAAGAAGCCCCAAAUCCAAAGUUUCUCCAACUUCAAGAGCAUCAUCGUCCUCCAGAAGAGCUACGAGUGCCCGGAGUGCGGCAAAACCUUCAGCUGCAGCUCCCACUUCUCCAAACACCGCCGGACGCACACCGGCGAGAAACCCUUCCGGUGUUUCCACUGCGGCAAGAGCUUCAACGUCUCUUCCAACCUCUACCGGCACCAACGCGGCCACGGCGGCGCCGAGGCGGCGCCGGAGAAACGCCGCGGGGCCGGCCUAUGAGUGCCAGGAGUGCGGCAAGAGUUUCCGGCGGAACAAAGAGUUGGCCACCCAUCAACGGCUCCACACCGGCAAUUUGCCGUUCCAGUGCGCCGACUGCGGGAAGAGUUUCUCCUGGAGCUCCCACUGGCUUCGGCACCAACGGAUCCACACCGGCGAGAAACCCUACGAGUGCCCCGAGUGCGGGAAGAGCUUCUCGAGGAGCUCCCACCUCUACCGGCACCAGCGUGGCCACGCCGGCGGGCGCUCGUACAUCUGCACCUACUGCGGGCGGAGUUUCGGCAGCAUCCUCCAUUUCGAGCGGCACCAGCGGACGCACAGCGGCGUGAGGCCCUACAAGUGCUCGCUGUGCCGGAAGAGCUUCGGCGACGCGCCGGCGUUGGUGAAGCACCAGCGGAUCCACCUCGGCGAGGGCCCCUUCCGCUGCGAGGAGUGCGGCAAAGCCUUCGGCGCCCGCUCGCAGUACGCGCGGCACCGGCGGAGUUUCCACGGCGGUCCGGCGCCGAGAAGCCGUAUCGGUGCGGGGAUUGCGGGAAGAGUUUCUCCUGGAGUUCCCACUGGGAGAGGCACCAACGGAUUCACACCGGCGAGAAGCCCUACGAGUGCGCCGAGUGCGGGAAGAGCUUUGGGAGGACGUCGCACCUUUACCGGCACCAGCGGACGCACGCCGGCGGUCGGCCCCACGUCUGCGGCGAGUGUGGGAAGAGUUUUAAUUCCACGCUCCACUUCCAGAAGCAUCAGCGGGCGCACGGCGCCGGGGCCCGGAAGAGUUGCGGCGAGUGCGGGAAGUCGUUCUCGGAUCCGUCGGCGUUGGCCAAGCAUCAGCGGGUUCACGAGGGGUCACAAAAUGGCGGAAAAUCUUUGGUUGAGUCAUCAACGUUGGCCAAGGAUCAACGGGUUCACGAGGGGUCACAAAAUGGCGGAAAAUCUUUGGUUGAGUCAUCAACGUUGGCCAAGGAUCAACGGGUUCACGAGGGGUCACAAAAUGGUGGAAAAUCUUUGGUUGAGUCAUCAACGUUGGCCAAGGAUCAACGGGUCCAUGAGGGGUCACAAAAUGGUGGGAGAUCCUUGGUUGGGUCGUCAAGGUUGGCCAAGGGAUCAAUGGGUCCAUGAGGAGUCCCAAAAAAGUGAGAAAUCUUUGGUUGGAACCCAAAAAUCCUGCUCGGAAUGUGGGAAAUCCUUCUCGGAUCCGUCGGCGUUGGCCAAGCAUCAACGGGUCCAUGAGGGGUCACAAAAUGGCGGAAAAUCUUUGGUUGAGUCGUCAACGUUGGCCAAGGAUCAACGGGUUCACGAGGGGUCACAAAAAAUUGGGAAAUCUUUGGAGGAAUCCCAAAAAUCCUGCUCGGAAUGCGGAAAAACCUUUGGAGACCCUUCAGCGUUGGCCAAGCAUCAACGGCUCCAUGAGGAAUCCCAAAAAAUUGAGAAAUCCUUGGAGGAACCCCAAAAAUGUGAAAAAUCUUUGGUUGAUUCAUCGACGUUGGCCAAACGUCAACGGAUCCAUGAGGAAUCCCAAAAAAUUGGGAAAUCCUUGGAUGAAUCCCAAAAAUCCUGCUCGGAAUGCGGAAAAACCUUUGGAGAUCCUUCAGCGUUGGCCAAGCAUCAACGGGUCCAUGAGGAAUCCCAAAAAAUUGGGAAAUCCUUGGAGGAACCCCAAAAAUGUGAAAAAUCUUUGGUUGAUUCAUCGACGUUGGCCAAAACGUCAACGGAUUCAUGAGGAUUCCCAAAAAUCCUGCUCGGAAUGCGGAAAAACCUUUGGAGACCCUUCAGCGUUGGCCAAACAUCAACAGGUCCAUGAGGAAUCCCAAAAAAUUGGGAAAUCCUUGGAUGAAUCCCAAAAAAUUGGAAAUCCUUGGAGGAACCCCAGAAAUGUGAAAAGUCUUUGGUUGAUUCAUCGACGUUGGCCAAACGUCAACGGAUCCAUGAGGAAUCCCAAAAAACUGGGAAAUCUUUGGAGGAAUCCCAAAAAAUUGGGAAAUCCUUGGAUGAAUCCCAAAAAAUUUGCUUGGAAUGCGGAAAAACCUUUGGAGACGCUUCAACGUUGGCCAAACAUCAACGGAUCCAUGAGGAAUCCCAAAAAAAUUGGGAAAUCCUUGGAGGAACCCCAAAAACCUGGGAAAUCCUUGGAUGAAUCCCAAAAAAAUGGGAAAUCCUUGGAUGAAUCCCAAAAAAUUGGGAAAUCCUUGGAUGAACCCCAAAAAUGUGGAAGAACCUUUGGAGAUCCUCCAGCGUUGGCCAAGAUCCGACGGCUCCGCGAUUCCGGCCGGAAUUCCGGGACGGGAUCCCGGCUCCGGAGGAAGCUCCGGAGUCACGGAGACGAGGAAAUGCUGGAAGGGUGAAAAGCAAAAAAAAAAAAUUCAGGAAUUUUUUCCGACGUUUUGGUAGAGUAGGGAAGUAGGGUAGAAACGGCAAAAAAAAAUUGAAUUUUUGGGUUUUUUUUCCGUGAGUUUUCCCAGGAAAAAAAAUUGGAGAAAAUCCUGGAAUUUUGGGAUUUUUUUUUUGGGGGGGAAAGCCCGAUCCGGAGGUUUUGAAGAAAAUCGGGAAUUUUUAUUUAUUGUAUUUAUUCAGCCAGAAGAUCCCGAAAAAUCGGGAAGGAAAUCCCAAAAUAAGGAUAAAAAAUCGGGGAAAAAAAAAGAUUUUAUCCCAAAAAUUUUCUUGGAUUGAGGUGGGGCCAAACGGGAAUUCCGGGGUUUUUCCCCCCGGGGGUUUUUUGGGAUUUUUUGGGUUUUUUUGGAAUUUUGUUCUUUGUUUGUAAUGUGAAUAAAAAAUAGAUUUAGUGAGG